AUGGAGCCAAUUCUAUCAGAAUGGGAUGAUUCUCAAUCAAUUGUCAAGUCAAAAAUUACUAAUCGAGCUUCAAUCCGAAUUUUGGAGCGAUAUCCACUGAAAGAAACUGAUGUGGAGACACUUUUCGAGGCGGAAGAGAUGACCGGUGGGGAGCCCGAAGAGCUCUAUAAAUUGUGCCGACAACUUCUAAACGUGUGGAAGUACGCGAUAUUUUUUCAGCCGAAGCCGGAAAAUUUUGUGGAAUUGUUGCAAGAGAAAAACUACCCGCCACCGGUUAUCAAGGGUCUCCUCGAAGCGUACACAUCCGAAACGACGGCAGAAAUCGUCGAGCACCUCGCCACCGCUUCUCACUCUGCCAUUCCACGUGUCUUGUCAACAGAUUGGAGUUGUCGUACAGUAACCCGACGGAAUGACGUGGCGACGUCCGAUCGAGAAGCAAUUUUGACGUUUUCCACUGUCGACGGCGUGAAACGAAUCGAAUUGAGUGGGCGGGACUUGGAGAAGUUGUAUUGGAGUGUGAAUCGAGUGCAGACGUCGUUGGAUUCCUUGUUGGAGCGAUGA